CCACCACGCCUGCGCAAAGCGGGCGUGCCCCGGAAGCAGUUCUUUGGCCCUGUGACACGUAGCAACUGGGGCAGUUCAGGGUCUGAAACUGAGUUUGUGGGCUCUUGGGAGCCGCUAGAGUCGCCGCCGCCGCCGUCAGCAGCACAUCAGCGUUUGAUCCUUGCUGCGGGGGGCGCUGCACAUCCUGCUGUGCCUUCCGGCAGCCUGCACUUUCCUGGAGGGCCGCAGACCUAGUUUUUCGAAGAGGUAGUGGCGUUGUCAUCUGUACAGCCCGCUUCUGAGGUGGUUGGCAAUGUCAGGUUUUGAUAACUUAAACACGGAUUUUUAUCAGACAAGUUACAGCAUCGAUGACCAGUCACAGCAGUCCUAUGAUUAUGGAGGAAGUGGUGGAUCCUAUAGCAAACAGUAUGCUGGCUAUGACUACUCUCAGCAAGGCCGAUUUGUCCCUCCAGACAUGAUGCAACCACAGCAGCCAUAUACUGGGCAGAUUUUUCAGCCAUCUCAGGUGUAUACUCCAAGUGCACCUCAGCCAUUCUAUGGGAACAACUUUGAAGAUGAGCCACCUUUAUUAGAAGAAUUAGGUAUCAAUUUUGAUCACAUCUGGCAAAAAACACUAACAGUAUUGCAUCCAUUAAAAGUAGCAGAUGGUAGCAUCAUGAAUGAAACUGAUUUGGCUGGACCAAUGGUGUUUUGCCUUGCUUUUGGAGCCACAUUGUUGUUGGCUGGCAAAAUCCAGUUUGGCUAUGUAUAUGGAAUCAGUGCAAUUGGCUGUCUAGGAAUGUUCUGUUUAUUAAACUUAAUGAGUAUGACAGGUGUUUCAUUUGGUUGUGUGGCAAGUGUUCUUGGAUAUUGUCUUCUUCCCAUGAUCCUACUUUCCAGCUUUGCCGUGAUAUUUUCUUUGCAAGGAAUGGUAGGAAUCAUUCUCACUGCUGGAAUUAUUGGAUGGUGUAGUUUUUCUGCUUCUAAAAUUUUUAUUUCUGCAUUAGCCAUGGAAGGACAGCAACUUCUAGUAGCAUAUCCCUGUGCUUUGUUAUAUGGAGUGUUUGCCCUCAUUUCUGUCUUUUGAACUGAAUUCAUCUGGAUGUGGACAUCAUUGGGCCAAAUACAAAAAAAGAACUUUGGACUUCUUCAACCGGACCAGCAAACUGCUGUGACGUAAUUUUCAUGCAGUUCUAACAUUUGACUGUUGGAGCAAUGGAAAUAAACAUGUAUCUUUCAUUCAUUUUUAUAGAACUUUUGAAUACAAUAUUGGAUUUAUCUGCAGUGUGACUAGCCUGUGCUUACCAAAUAAGAAGUGCAACCUUUGAAAACAGCGUUUUUCCUUACAAAUUAUAUUAUGAUGUUUUUGAUAGAUUUUUAUUGACUGUGGAAACAAAUCACAUAGUUGAUCAUCUUUCUUAAAAGCAACCCUGUCACAGAAAAUAAGACACAAGACUUAUUGCAGCAAUAUUUUUUUCAAGAGACUAAGAAAGAAAACUCGCCUGUUUCUCAAGUCAGAUGCAUUUGAAACAAAGUUAUACUAAAGUAGAGUUUUAUGAGUUUGCACUUCAAUUUAACAUUCCUUUUUUUUUUUAAUGAAAACUUAGAGAUGCAAGAAGUUCACAGUCUACCUUACUGUAGGCAUGAAGUGAGAACACCGGUUUAGAUAAAAGCGAUAGCUAAACCUUAAUAAGCUAAAGUUGGUCACAUUAAUGCAUAUAGUUGGUUCUCUAUGUUUCCCCAGGAAAAAGAAAAUCAGUAACCUUUUUUUGACGAAAAAUAAUUUAAAAUGUCACACAUUAAAUAUUGCAGUUAUCAAUGUAAAGUUUAUUUGGAUCUUAUAAAUUAAAUUUUUCCCAAUUUUAA